AUGGCUUCGAGCAUGGACUUCACCGACAAGACCCAGGAGACCUUGGCCACUGCUAUUCAGCAGGCCAAAGACUAUGCCAACGCCCAAGUCUAUCCGGCGCACAUUGCCUUCGCACUUCUUAACGAGGGCGCUGGCGAUGCAAUUCCUGGCGGUCUCGGCUCCACGACCCAAAGUAGCUCACUCUUCAAGUCCGUCAUCGAAAAGGCGGGCGGUGACCCUACGAUAGUCAAACGCGGACUUCAGAAAGUCAUCGUUCGCCUACCCACACAAUCCCCACCACCAGAUGAGAUUACUCUCAGUGGCCAAGCACUCAAGGUCCUCCGCGAGGCAGAGAGCCUCCGCAAGACCAUGCACGACUCAUAUAUCGCACAAGAUCAUCUCCUUGCUGCCAUCAUCAAAGAGUCGUCAUUACAACCUGUCCUCAAGGAGGCCGGUCUCACCGAAGCCUCCCUCAAGACCGCGAUUGAUCAGCUGCGCGGCAACCGGCGCGUCGACAGCAAGAACGCGGAGCAGGGCUUCGACGCGCUUGGCAAGUACGCACAAGACCUGACCGCCCUUGCUGAGGAGGGAAAACUCGAUCCCGUCAUUGGUCGUGACAACGAGAUCCGACGAGCAAUCCGCAUCCUGUGCAGACGGACAAAGAACAACCCCGUCCUCAUCGGUGAGCCCGGUGUAGGAAAGUCCGCCAUCGCAGAAGGUCUCGCGCAGCGUAUCGUCAACCGCGAUGUCCCCGCUUCGCUUCUCGGCCGCCUCUACUCGCUCGACAUGGGUGCGCUCAUGGCCGGCGCAAAGUACAAGGGCGAGUACGAAGAGCGCAUCAAGGCCGUCCUCAACGAAGUCGAGAAGGCCGCCGAGGAGGGCACAAGUAUCAUCCUCUUCAUUGACGAGCUUCACCUCAUCAUGGCCGGCCGCGGCUCGGAGGGCGGUGGCAUGGACGCUGCAAACCUGUUCAAGCCCCUCCUCGCGCGUGGCAAGCUUCGGUGCAUCGGCGCGACGACCCUGGCGGAGUAUAGGCAAUACAUCGAGAAGGACCCGGCGCUCGAGCGGCGGUUCGCGCAGGUGCUCGUCAACGAGCCAUCUGUUCCUGAGACGAUCAGUAUCCUCCGUGGUAUCCGCGAGAAGUACGAGGUGCACCACGGCGUUCGUAUCCUCGACGGUGCUCUCAUUCAAGCGGCAACCCUCGCCCACCGCUACCUCACGUCAAGACGGCUGCCCGAUUCUGCUAUCGACCUUGUCGAUGAAGCUUGUGCAAGUGUCCGCGUAACGCGUGAAACCGCGCCUGAAGCCAUCGACAAGCUUCAGCGCCGCAAGCUCGAGCUCGAAGUCGAGAUCCACGCGCUCGAGCGCGAAAAGGACGAAGCUUCCAAGGAGCGCCUCGCCCUCGCACGCAAAGCCAUCGCCGACGUCGGCGACCAACUUCAGCCCCUCCAGGCGCAAUAUGAAGCGGAGAAGGCGCGCGGCGAGGAGAUCCAGAACGUCCGCCGGAAGAUGGACGAGCUUAAAGCGAAGGCGGACGAAGCCGAACGUCGCUACGACCUCGCGACCGCGUCCGACCUGCGCUACUACGCCCUGCCCGACCUUCAAGCGCGUCUCCAGCAGCUCGAGGCGAAGAAGGCGGAGGAGGACGCCGCGAUGGGCGGGGGCACGGACACCGUCACCCCGGAGCAGAUCGCGGAGAUCGUCGGGAAGUGGACGAAUAUCCCUGUGACACGGCUGAUGAGCACGGAGAAGGAGAAGUUGUUGCGGAUGGAGAAGAUAUUGGGCGCGCAGGUUGUGGGGCAGCCGGAGGCGGUCAAGUCUGUCGCGAAUGCUAUCCGCCUCAGCAGGAGUGGCCUUCGGAACGAGCAGCGCCCGAUUGCUAGCUUCUUGUUCGCGGGACCUUCCGGUACGGGAAAGACUUUGAUGAGCAAGACGCUCGCGACUCUGCUCUUCGACUCACCUGAAGCCAUGAUCCGUAUCGACGGCUCCGAAUACUCUGAGAAGCACUCGAUCGCGCGUCUCAUCGGUGCUCCUCCGGGCUACGUCGGCCACGACCAGGGCGGCCAGCUCACGGAGUACAUACGCCGGAAACCGUACUCGAUCGUGCUUAUCGACGAGAUCGAGAAGGCCUCGCGCGAGUUCGUUACGCUCUUCCUGCAGGUGCUCGACGACGGACGGCUCACGGACGGCCAAGGCCGCGUGGUCGACUUCCGGAACACCGUCAUCAUCAUGACGAGCAACCUCGGCGCGACGUUCCUCAACGACAUGGGCGACGGCCCCGUCAGGCCCGAGACGCGCGAACUCGUCAUGGGCGCGAUCCGCGUGCACUUCCCGCCCGAGUUCAUCAACCGGAUCGACGACAUCGUCAUCUUCCGCACGCUCUCGCAGAAGAACGUCCUCAAGAUCGUCGACCUCCGGCUCAAGGAGGUGCAGGACCGCCUCGUGGAGCGCAAGAUGGCCAUCGACCUCGAGCCUGCAGCGAAGCAGUACCUCGUCUCGAUCGGGUAUUCGCCCGUGUACGGCGCGCGCCCGCUCAAUCGUGCGAUUCAGAACGAGCUCCUCAACCCGCUUUCCAUGCUCAUCCUUGGUGACCGCGUGCGCGAGGGUGAGACGAUCAAGGUGCACUUUGACGGCCCGCACAACCGCCUCCAGAUCGUGCCCAACCACGAGGCGAGCGCGGAUAACAUGGACGUCGACUACGAUGACAUUGACGACAUUGACGAUAUCGAGAUUGAGGAGAUGGACUGA